UAGGGAUGAAGCGGAUCGAUCCUUCUUGGAGUUGUUGAAGCUGUGAAGUCAGGUUGAACUUGAAAUUUUUGUGAGAGGAAGAAGGUGAUGAUGUGCUGACGAAUCUCUGGUAGAUUUUGGUAUCGUCCCUUACUCGGAUAUGGCGGAGGGCAUAUCUUCUGCGGGCGGCCUCAUCGCUUUGCUGUCCGAUGAGGACCCCACUAUCCAGGUCUACGCUUUGCAACGUUUGAACGAGGUUGUUGACCAACAUUGGACAGAACUCUCCGAGCACAUCAGCUUAUUAGAAGUCCUGUAUGAGAACAAAUCGUAUGAACACCGUACACUUGCAGCGUUGGUAGUGUCGAAGGUCUACUAUCAUUUAGGUUCGUUUGAUGAUGCCUUGGUGUACGCCUUGGGUGCUGGUGAUCUUUUCGAUGUCACCACCAAGUCAGAAUACAUCGAGACACUUGUCUCCAAGUGUGUGGACAAAUACACCAAGUACCAAGCCACCCGUCCCGUGCAGAAGAUCGACGAUACUGUACAGCAUGUAGAUGAAGACUGUGACCCGCGUCUCAUUAAAGUGAUUGAUCGCCUGUUUGAUCUCUGCAUUGAGCGGAAGAAGUUUAAUGAGGCUAUUGGGAUUGCGUUAGAGACGCGGCGCUUGGACGUUGUGCACUCUUGCAUAGUACAGGCGCCGGAUAAGCAUAAGACGCUAAACUACUGCUAUCGAGCAGCAGUUGGGCUUCCUGGCAGCUGGAACUACAAAAAAGAUAUUCUAAAAGUGCUGGCGCCUCUUUUCGGCGACCUAGCUUCGCCAGAUUACCUGAACAUGUGCCAUUGCUACGUGUUCCUGCAAGACUACGCUGGCCUUGCUGCCAUGCUGCAGCGGCUGAUUGCAAAGAAGGCGACGGACGAAAUCACACACUUGGACCGUGUGACGGCCUAUCAAGUGGCGUUUGACCUGUACCACUCAACAUCGCAAUUCUUCUGCACGCACGUGUCCUCCUUCCUCUCGUCCGCUUCCGCGGAAGAGAAGGGCGAUUCGGCAGUGACGAUGACUACUGCCGAAACGACGGCGGCGAGUGGCGAGGCUGGCUCGAGUACUAAUGACGAGCAUCCUCCUGCAGAUGUUGCCGAUCCCCCAGAUGGUUACAAGGAGGCUAUGAAGAAGCUGACACGUAUCCUGAAUGGUGAACGUACUGUGGAGCUUUAUCUUCAGUUCCUUGUCCGCUCUAACCAUAGCGAUCUUCUCGUGUACCGGCACAUAAAGGACCAUGUCAGGAACUCUAUAUGUCACAAUGCUGCUAUCAUCGCUAAUGGCUUUGCUCAUUGUGGCACGACCAGCGAUGUGUUCCUACGUGAGGACAUUGAGUGGCUUGGACAGGCAGCCAACUGGGCGAAGUUCACGGCCACGGCUAGUCUGGGUGUGAUCCAUAAGGGUCAUGAAAAGGAAGCACUCACACUUCUCUCGACAUACCUACCAUCUGAGUCUAGUAUGUCUGCUGGUUACCAAGAUGGUGGCGGUCUUUAUGCGUUGGGUUUAAUUCAUGCAAAUCAUGGCCGUGCUGUCCUUGAGUAUUUGCUCAAGAAGCUGGAAGAUAACAAGACAAACGAGGUCAUUCAGCAUGGAGCUUGUCUCGGCCUGGGUCUGGCUAGUUUAGGAGCAAGGAGUCCUGAUGUAUACGAGUACCUCAAGCAGUGUCUACUACGUGACGAUGCAGUGGCUGGUGAGGCCGCGUCAAUGGCCAUGGGCCUGGUCAUGACUGGAUCGUUGGAUGCAGCCAUUCUAGAAGAGAUGAUCAUGUAUGCUCAAAACACUCAGCAUGACAAGAUCUGCAAUGGUCUUGCCGUUGGUAUUCCUAUGCUGAUGUUCAAUCGUCAGGAAGAGGCCGAUAAGUGGAUCGAAAUGCUGACGGAAGGAAAGGAUCAGCAUAUCCGCCGCACAGCCAUGAACUGUAUAGCCAUGGCGUACUGCGGCACUGGUAACCUGAAGGUGGUCGAGACCCUCCUGCACCAUGCGGUCAGUGAUGCAUUUGGUGAUGUUCGUCGUGCAGCUGUCACCGCUAUCGGAUUCGUGCUCUGCAACGAUCCUGAAAUGUGCCCAGACAUGGUGCGCUUGCUGGCAGAAAGCUUCAACCCGUACGUGCGCUGCGGCACUGCAAUGGCGCUGGGUAUCGCAUGUGCAGGAACUGGCAACCUGAAUGCCUUCAAAGUGAUUGAACCACUUUUUAAGGAUUCCACCAACUUUGUUCGACAGGGUGCAUAUAUUGCUGGUGCUAUGAUCAUGGUCGCGCAGAGCCAGGGACACAACACGAAGGUUGCUGGCUUCCGUGCCCUACUUAGAUCAACAGUAGCUGACUCACAUGAAGAGUCGAUCAGCAAGUUUGGUGCAAUCAUGGCACAGGGCAUCAUUGAUGCUGGUGGCCGUAACUGCACUAUUCAGCUGGUUGACAAGUCUGGUCAUCUGCACAUGCCUUCGGUGGUUGGCUGCAUGACGUUCCAGAAUUUCUGGUACUGGUUCCCCGUUUCACACUUCCUGUCGUUGGCUUUCACACCAGCCACAGUGACUGUUCUCAAUGAGGACCUAGAGAUGCCAACCAUGCAACUCGAGAGCUGGGCCAAACCGCCAACCUAUGCAUACCCGCCAGUGAUGGAAGUGGCCAAGGCUAAGGAGAAGGAGAAGGUCAAGACCGCUGUGCUGUCCACGACGGCCAAGGUGCAAGCGCGGGAAGCGCGGAAGGCUGGCCAGAAGGGCGGAAAAGCCACCACCCCGACCGCCUCGACUGCCCCCGAGCCGAUGGAGACAUCGGAAGAAACUGAGACAAAGCCAAAGGAGGAGGAAGAAGUCCUGCCACCCAGGAUCAAGGUGGAGAAUCCUGCUCGUGUCGUUCCAGAGCAGUUGUCAGUGAUGAAGUUUGAGUACGAAUCACGUUACCGACACAUCAAACUGCUUGGCCACGGCGGAAUUAUUAUGGCAGCAGAUUCUACACGUGGCAAGGCCGAGGACCUUGUCACGCCUGCAAUUGAUGGCCCUGAGCCAGAUCCACCGGAGCCAUUUGAGUGGAAAGAGGACUAAGAUUGACCUCCCUAGCGAGCCGUUUUCUUAUUUCGCCAUCAGCGAUGGCCCCCAACUGGUUCCUCUCCGCUCUCGUGAAAACUAUUGUAGGUCUAUUCUAUGAAGUGCAUUGGCCUCCCAGUGUGGUCAAUGGCACCACAUCACCACUACGCUGCUGUAACCUAAUAACUGCUAGUGCUGUGUCCUGGACAGCAGCCACAGUAGCCCUUGCUGCCAGUACAGCUCGUUACUUUGGAUUGGCGAGCUUCUGCUUUGAUUUCAGCUCCAUUUUUACACUGUGCCUUGGAAUGAUUGCAUUCGAUUUUAUCCGUGCUGUACGUUAUGCCAUGUACAUUUUCGUCCCCUGCGCCCCUCUUUAUGGUUGUUAUCGACUCUGGACGCCUUUUUGGGAUGUGUAUUCUCUGUUUUAUGCUGUACUAGUUCCUCUGUGUUUGCACAUAGUGUUGGUGUUUUCAUUUAAAUUUUUCUCCGCAUAAACCUGUUGAAGUUGCUGGCCAAAGUAAAUUUAGUAUCAUAGUCUGA